AUGCCACCUUUACAACAACAGACUCAAAAGGAGAAGCGCCAAGGUCGUCGAACAAAUCCAUAUCGACGACCGCCGAGGCUGACUAUGGUCGGAUCGGCUACCAAUGCUACUUUCGAGUUAAUGGGUUCACAAUACGAAUGGGCUCAAGCUCAACAAAUUCAUUCAAAUACCGUUGAAAAUGAGUGGCAAAAUGCUACUUCGAGCGAAAAUGGGGACAACACAAAUGAUUAUGACGAUAAUGGGCAACCAUCUUUUAAGCAAGUGAACGAAACCAGCGAGUUGGCGAUAAUGGUUGUUAAUUCGGAUCAGAAUAGAAAGAAAGCGGACAGAAAACCUAAACGUGGAGCUGGCAUUAUUAUGGAACAAGAAGGAAACGAAAAUAAACGUCGCAAGAUUACUCACGAUAACGAUUAUAAUAAUACAAAUCUCAUGAUAAACGGCAACGAGACAACCGAAGUUGCACCUAUGAAUAGUAUUGAUAUGGAGACUAUUGGCAUUGAGUCCUUCAAUGCGAACAAUGUGAAUACGACGACAACUACGUUGACAACAAUGACACCUACAACGGAAUCAAAUCCGACAGUUACUAAUACUAAAGUAGCUCGUAAUAAAGCCCGAGGUUCGAAUUCUCGCUCACGCGGCAAUAAGUCAAGAACGCGAAAAGUUUCUUCAAAUACGACACGACAAAAUCCGACGUCUACUCGAAAAUCUCGUGGUAAACGUGGUCGCCCAAACGUUGCGAUAUCAGGAGCAAGUCGAAGCGACAACAUUCGUAGUAGUGAUCAAGGUGAACAACAUGAAUUGACAUCAAGUGUAUCUCAACUUUCUGUUGCUCCGGUUCCUGAUGUGGCCGAACCCGAGCCGAGAUCAACGAUAGUAUUGCGAAGAUUUCUUGAGUCACUUUGUGCAAGCGAGCAGGUGUUGAACCGCGAACGAUUGCUCCGUCUAGGGACCUACUUGCUUGAUUAUUUUGUUUCUCAGGCGUGGUGUCGUCCUUUUGUUAAUCCUGAAGACGAAUCGGCAUUCUUCUAUCGCUCGGUCAUUUCACGCUUGAUGGAUUUGACAACGGUCGAACAUAAUCUCUGGUCAGGAGAAUAUGAUGGUGCAAUUUCGAAAUUCUACGAUGAUAUAGCCCAGAUUAUGUAUAAUGCCUUCAAAUUCCAUCCUGAGGGAACCAUAAUAUUCAACGAAGCGAAUUCGAUGUUGGCUUGUUUUGUUGAAAUAACAACGAAAUUUUCUAAACCUCCACAUGACUUGAAUAAAUUCGACGAUGAACUUGCUAUGGUUGGUUCUAAACUACCUCACGAAGAAUUCAGCGACGUUUGUGGUGUGGCACCGAACCUUGAAAGCGGAAGCAAUGUUGCAAAGCUCCCUCAGGCUGCUGCUGAACGUUUAGAUCCUAUGUCGCGUCCUCUUUUUGACGUAUUUGAACGUAGAAACAUCCCACCAGUAAGAUUUCAACCUACGGAAGCGAAUUGUAAUUUCGGACGUCUAUAUAUCACGAUGGGCGCACAGAAUAUUAAAAAUUGUAGAGAUGAACGCAAUGCAAUUCUCGUAAUCGUAAAGGAUGUGGCUUAUACACGCGGAACGAAUCGAUUGCGGUGCAGUGUGAUCAUUGCGAAACCGUUUGGUGAGCUACGCGAGCUCGAUACGAUUGGGUUUCCGGAAUUACAAGAUGCUCGAUAUUGGACUCGAGUUGCUUUUCUCAGCAGAGUAAACCUUGAUAUCGCAGUGGGCUCAAAAUUUUUUGAUAAAUACUUGCGAACUCCUUUUAAAGUAUCAGAAUACGAUAAAGAAAUUAUUACACCGCAGCAGCACGAAGGGUUUUUGGCAGCUUUGAAUUUGCGACAAGGUCACUCGUCACCCGAGGGGCUUUCGAUCUGGCAGCGACUAGUUAUUGGCGAAGGCGAACAGGGUAAACGUACCAAUCGAGAGCUUCGAAUCUCUCGGAAAAUCAAUUCAAGUCGACGCAGAAGGAUUCUUCAAACGAGUUUUUCACGAGUCCCUCAUACCGGUCAAAUCCGAUCGAUUUACAAAGAUGACAUAGAAGACGAGCUUGUCGGCCUUUCCAUGGUAAGGUAUGGCUAUACGUUGAAGGAGUACGCCUUCAAUACUCGUGCUCCACUCACAGGUGAGCAAAAAUUCAAGCUCAUUCAUGAUAUGAUAAAAGGCAUCAAAGCGCUUCACGACGCUGGAUUUGCACAUCGGGAUCUCUCCGAGGUUAAUAUGAUGGUAAAUUGUACUACCGAACUUUUGUCGGAUGGUAACGCCAAACCUGAACUCGUAAUAAUCGAUUUCGGGAAAGCCGAGUUUAUCAACCGUGAUGAUGUGUUGGCUUGGUCCGUUGGCGAGGUAACAAACGAUAAGUUGGAACAUCUUCCACGGAUUAAGACGGUGCCAGAUCAUGGCUAUAAAUUGUACAGAGAAAUCGUAUCGGAUCCCGUCAAAAUUAAAUUCCAUACAGAAAAGAAUGUUAAAGGGAUGAGAUCGCGAGAGUUAUUGUUAAAGUGUAUAACCGCGUCUCCGCAGGAUCGUUGUACCGCAAAAGAAUUGCUAGAUUGGCUUCUACAAACCAAAGAUGAAUUGAUUUCCGAAUGGGCGAUCUCUGGAAGAAAGAGAAUAAGAAAGCAAUUCUAG